AUGGGCGACAUGUCUGGACUCGAAUUCGCUUCGCCACAAGGCGCGUCUGUGAGCUUGAAGGAGAAGAUCAAUUUGCUAUCUGGCAUCGACUUUUGGCACACAAAGGCGAUCCCACGCCUCAAUAUCCCAUCCAUCCGACUCUCAGACGGUCCCAACGGCGUCCGCGGGACUCGGUUCUUCAAUGGAGUGCCUGCAGCCUGCUUUCCCUGCGGGACUGGUCUUGCUGCUACCUGGAACACUGACCUCCUCCAAAGAGCGGGCGCCUUGAUGGGUGCAGAGGCACGAGCCAAAGGCGUACAUGUACUUCUAGGGCCGACCGUCAAUACGCAGCGUAGCCCCUUGGGCGGGCGAGGGUUCGAGUCUUUCUCCGAAGAUCCAGUCCUCGCAGGUCGUUGCGCGGCGUCAGUUAUCGCUGGCAUCGAGGGCACCGGUAUCGUGGCGUCCGUCAAGCACUUUGUGGCCAAUGACCAAGAGCACGAGCGCAUGGCUGUGGACUCGAUUGUGACGGAGCGAGCGAUGCGUGAGAUCUACGUCUUGCCUUUUCAAAUCGCUGUGCGGGAUGCUCGGCCUGGCUCUUUCAUGACAGCCUAUAACAAGGUUAACGGUAUCCAUGUUAGCGACGAUCGAAAAUACAUUGAGGAUAUCGUCCGAAAGGAAUGGGGUUGGACUGGACUUGUCAUGAGCGACUGGUAUGGAACAUACUCCACAGUCGAGUCGAUCAAUGCUGGACUUGAUCUGGAGAUGCCAGGACCAACGCGCUGGCGUGGUCAGCUCCUGAACCAUGCCAUCAUGUCUCGAAAGGUCGAUCAGGAAACUGUGGAUCAGCGAGUCCGCGAGGUCUUGAAGCUUGUGGACAGAGCGACCAAGUCUGGAAUCCCAGUGGAAGGGCCUGAAGAACCCCGAGACACGCCUGAGACUGCGGAGCUCCUGAGGGAUAUCGCCAGCGAGUCGAUUGUGCUUUUGAAGAACGAGGAUACGGUUCUGCCCUUUACGAAAGACAAGACACUGGCUGUCAUUGAACCCAACGCCAAGAUGGCCGCCUACUGCGGUGGAGGAUCGGCUACUCUGCGACCAUACUAUGCCGUCACCCCGUUUGAAGGUAUCUCCUCGCAGGCCCGAGACGUGCGGUACUCGGUCGGAUGCCAUGCACACCAGACACUGCCGAUGCUCGGUCCCAGCUUGCGAACACGGGAAGGGAAAGUAGGAGUGACUUUUGAGGCCUUCACCCACCCUGAUACCGUGACAGAUCGGCAGCCUGUUGACACGCUUCAUCUCGUGGACACCAACAUGUACUUUGCGGACUACUAUCACCCCAAGCUCACGGAAGAUCUUUGGUGGGGUGAGAUCAACGCGACCUACACGGCGGAAGAGACCUGCGACUUCCAAUUUGGCCUGUGCGUCUUCGGCACCGCGAGACUCUACGUGGAUGGGGAGCUUCUCAUCGACAACGAGACGGAACAGCGAGGCGGCGGCAGCUUCUUUAAUGUCGGAACCGUCGAGGAAACUGGCAUCAAGAGCGUUGUCGCGGGGCAAUCCUACCAGAUCAGAGUCGUCUUCGCCAGCGGCGCAGCGUCCAAGGUCAAGGACGCAGACGGCGUCGUCUCAUUUGGAGGAGGUGGCGUGCGGCUUGGCGGAACCAAAGUAAUCGAUGUCGACGAGGAAAUCCAGAACGCCGUCAGGCUGGCACGGAGCGUGGAGCAGGUCGUUCUCUUUGUCGGUUUGAACUCUGACUAUGAGCAAGAAGGCCACGAUCGCCCGCACAUGGACCUGCCUGGCCUUUCCGAUGAGCUGAUCUCGGCCGUCGCCCAUGCCAACCCCCGUGUCGUCGUCGUCGUGCAGUCCGGCACGCCUGUCAGUAUGCCAUGGGCUUCUUCGGUUGCUGGUGUGGUCCAGGCUUGGUACGGCGGCAACGAAACAGGCAACGCCAUUGCCGAUGUACUGUUUGGCAACGUCAAUCCGUCUGGGAAGUUGCCUUUGUCCUUUCCAGCCCGAGUUGAGGAUAACCCGGCCUAUCUGAACUACAGAUCAGAGCGCGGCCGCGUGCUGUACGGAGAGGACAUUUACGUGGGCUACCGUUUCUAUGACAAGGUCAAAAAGUCCACACUGUGGUCUUUUGGCUCAGGCCUAUCCUACACGACGUUCUCGUUUUCUGAUCUCACCAUCAAGCUAGGCCAAGGGGAUCAGGGCAACGUCAUCCACGCUGAAGUUUCGGUGAAAAACACUGGCGCUGUGGAUGGCUCCGAGGUCGUGCAGCUGUACGUCUCGCAGCGCAUCCCAUCGAUCAACCGCCCGGUCAGGGAGCUCAAGGGGUUUUCCAAGAUCUUUGUCAAACAGGGGGAGACGGCCGUGGCCCGAAUUCCUGUCGAAAGGAAGUACGCUACAAGCUUUUGGGACGAGGCUCGCCAUGCUUGGAUCGAGGAACGUGGCGUCUACGACGUCUGGGUCGGGAGCGGCAAUUCUGGCGACUUUUUGCAGGCGACUUUCCAAGUUGAGGAGACAAAAUGGUGGACAGGGCUGUAGAUGAAGAGGAUUGAAGUUUAUAGUCUCAUAGACGGCGUGAUCUUAUAAGAUUCGUGUUCCCAUGACCGACCAUGAAGGUGUUAUCAAACUUGACCUAUUCUGCGCCCGACUCGACAAGCCUUUGCUAGUGAAUAUUGCCAUAAUCAGGAUUCUUGAUGGGUAAAACACGCGGAAUGAUGGUUCUGGCUGGAUCCAGGAUCCAACAUGGAUGCCCAUCACUCAUUACAUCGUCUCGUUUCAAAGACGUAGCCCAGUACGUGAGGAGUCAAAGAAGCUAUCGGUACAACAGAGCCCGAGGAUGGUGCCCAUGAUGUGGGUACUAAUUGAUUUCGAUGAGGAACUCGGCGCAUCCAGUGCGCAAUUGCGCUUAACACGGUCUGCAUAGGAAUACU